GAAUAAUGUCUGGGAGUGAGGCUGUGUUCACGAUUAGCAAAAAAGAGCUUUGUGUAAUAUUUCACCUGCUGUGUGGUAUUACAAGAUACAGGCUCAGGAAGUACACCAGGAAGAAUAACUUGGGAGCGUGCGAGCUAGUGGGAGUGGAGCGCACCGGCCGUUGUCGCCGUCGCCUUCCUCCUCCCCACACUGCAGACAGUGGGGUGACUAGGCCGUCAGCCCUCGAGCCGAGACUUGUCUCUCUUAUUUAGUUCUCGGGAACUCCUGGCCAACAUGAGUGAUGUGGAGGAGAACAACUUCGAGGGCAGAGGGUCUCGCUCUCAGUCAAAAUCUCCAACGGGAACUCCUGCUUGCGUAAAAUCAGAGAGCACGUCAGGAUCUCAUAGUCCAUCGAGAGUUUCCAAACAUUCUGAAUCCCAUUCUCGAUCAAGAUCAAAAUCCAGGUCAAGGUCAAGGAGGCAUUCUCAUAGACGCUACACUAGGUCCCGGUCCCACUCUCAUAGAAGACGAUCUCGAAGUAGAUCUUAUAUGCCAGAGUAUCAUCAACGAAGAAGCCGGAGUCACUCUCCAAUGUCUAAUCGCGGAAGACAUACAGGCAGCAGGGCAAAUCCAGAUCCCAACACUUGCCUGGGUGUCUUUGGCCUCAGUUUGUACACAACAGAGAGAGAUCUUCGUGAAGUAUUCUCUCGAUAUGGACCAUUGAGUGGUGUCAAUGCAGUUUAUGAUCAGCGAACUGGAAGGUCACGUGGAUUUGCUUUUGUGUAUUUUGAGAGGAUAGAUGACUCUAAUGAGGCUAUGGAAAGGGCAAAUGGGAUGGAGCUGGAUGGUAGAAGAAUUCGUGUGGAUUAUUCUAUCACCAAGAGAUCACACACACCUACACCAGGCAUUUACAUGGGCAGACCGACUCAUAGUGGUGGUGGAGGAGGAGGAGGCGGCGGUGGUGGUAGAUGACGGGAUUUAUAUGAUAGAGGAUAUGAUCGAGGCUAUGACAGAUAUGAUGAUUAUGAUUACCGGUACAGAAGAAGGUCACCUUCUCCUUAUUACAGUCGAUACAGGUCACGGUCAAGAUCUCGUUCCUAUAGCCCAAGAUGCUAUUAAUAAUGGAGUGGUUGUGGCCAAGUUCUCUCUGCCCACCCCCCUUUUUCCCCUCCCCCCUUUGUUUCUGGAUUUCCAAGCUUCCAAUGCUUCCUAGUCCUAAAAACAAAACAAAAACCUGGUUUAUUUCAUCUAUUGUGUGGCCAGUUGUGUUGCUGUUUUCCACCCUUCGUUACACUCUUAAAGGUGUAACUGUCAUCUCAGUCCUUGAACAGCUGAGUAAAAAGGAGCCCGGUGUUAGACUUGGUGGUUCUUCUCUGCCUUUACUAUGAGGAAAGAAAUGAUCUUUUGAAA